UGUGGAAAGUCAGAGUUAUUGCAGCCACUGCACCGUUUAAACAGAGCCCAAAAGCCCCUUUUUUCCUUUUUCUCUCUCUCUCUCUCUCUCUCCCCCUCUCUCAAGUCUCAUCUCAACUAAAAGCAAAUUCCAAUGGUGCUGUUUGCCUUGCAUGCUUACGUUGCCACGUGCCCUCCCGGGCACCAAACCGACUUUGUAAAAGUUCCCGCGUUAAUUUCUACACCUCCAAGUCCCAGAAUAAGGUAAUGUUUAUAAUUUAGUUAGUUGAAACUUGAAAGGCGGUGGUGGGUGGGUUUUAUCUGUAGUGUCGUUUUAGUGGUUGGUUUUUGUAAAUUGUGGGUAAAAUUGUCCCAACUGCCGACCUUUGAACCACAAAAACAUAGCAGUGCAUAGGCAAAAGCAUAUCCUAAUUUCUCUCUCUCUCUGAGACUCAGUUAUCAUUAGGUAUUUAAUGUCGUGUCACGGGUGCGCUAUUGUGCGCAUCCACAUCACCCCCCAUUAUAAAUAGCAUGCACAAUCUCAUGCUAGCUUUUCCAACUACAAGAAGCUUCAAUUCAAACACACAAAAAACACCCAACUCAAAAAUGCAUCUCAAUACAUUUCUAUUUACUCUCUUUCUCUUCCUUUUCAUCUCUGCUACUUCUUUUUCUUGGGCUUCUGGUGCUGCUGUUUUUGGUGGAAGAAAGGGCAGUGGUUCUAAGGACAUGUCUUCGGAGCUGAAUGCGGAGAACGGGCCACCAACCAGCGGUAGCGGCUCGGCCCACGGUCCCAACUGGGGCUACAGCUGGGGGUGGGGCGCGACCCCAGGAGGCGGGUGGGGUUAUGGGUCUGGGUCUGGGAGAUCACCCGCUGGGUUUGGGAGGGGGUCUGGUUUUGGGUUUGGCUCUGGCUCUGGGUCUGGGGGUGGUGGAGGUCACGGUAGUGGCUAUGGGUCUGGUUAUGGAAAUUCCGGGGGCGGCGCUGGUUGGGGUGGAGGAGGAGGAGGAGGAGGAGGAGGAAACAACCAUGGCUGAGAUAUUGGCUGGGAGUAGUUCAUGAUUGUCAUGACCUCCAGGCCCGGUGCACUAUGAUAAGUAUUACAGCUAGGUACACGUGUUGUGUAAGCUUUAUAUGUAUGUAAUAAAAGCAUUGCUAGUAUAUUUAAUAUGUCGAUGUAGUGCAUACUUUGAUGAGUUGCAAUAUAAUCUACUCUCCCCAUCA